GGGGUGCUUCAGGAAUGUGGCUAAAACCAGACUGACUUUUCUUAGACUCAUGUUAUCAGUUACCUCGACAUUUUUAAUGUUGUCUAGUGAGUUUGAGCUUGGCCAUCAACACAACAUGACUGCUGCGAAAAGGGUAUGUACCAAUAUGCACAGAGCACAUUUUCACAGAUGCCAUCAGAGAACAAGCAUAUGAAUUACCAGGCAGCCUGCCAUCUUUGAGUUCAGACAGAAUGGCAUUAAUACCAGAUGAAGAGCCCAAACAACAACAGCACAACAACAUGAAAGCCCAAAACAACUGGGACCAGCUGUGCUAAAUAACCCUAAUCAGGCUCUUAUCACCUCAUCUGGAAAUCAAAGAGCGGCCAGUGUUCUGCAAUGGCCAUUACGACGCUACAAUUGUUUCUGCUAAUGGCCGUUCUGGCCACUGGUGGAUUAUGUCUGAUAAAUGGCACAGAGGAAGCCCAGGAUGCUUUAUAUCCAAACUCUACUACCUCCAAAACCAACGUACACAAGGGUUUCCAGCCCCCCACAAAAAAAGACGCUUCGGUUUUCAAUAUGAAGCAUCCACCCUGUAGGGAUCCCACUUCCAUCAAGCUUUAUUUUAAGUAUAUCAACACAAUCAUUUCCUGCAUCGUGUUUGUGGUGGGAAUAGUGGGUAAUGCCACUUUAUUGAAGAUUAUUUACCAGAAUAAGUGUAUGAGGAACGGACCCAAUGCCCUCAUCGCCAGUCUGGCUCUUGGAGACCUCAUUUACAUCACUAUAGACAUCCCUAUAAAUGUCUACAAGCUGCUGGUCACAAAGUGGCCAUUUGAUGACAGCUCCUUUGGACUCUUCCUGUGCAAACUUGUGCCAUUCCUCCAGAAAGCGUCUGUUGGGAUUACAGUGCUCAAUCUAUGUGCUUUGAGUGUGGACAGGUACAGGGCUGUAGCCUCCUGGAGCAGAGUGCAGGGGGUCGGCGUUCCUCUUCUUACUGCCAUCGAGAUCUUCUCCAUCUGGGUGCUGUCCAUUAUUUUGGCAGUACCUGAGGCAAUGGUCUUCAACAUGAUCACCUUCACCUACAAUAAUCAAACCAUCCGCACAUGCAUGCUCAAGCCUGAAACUGACUUCAUGAAUUUCUAUGUGUACUGGAAAGAUUGGUGGUUAUUUGGCUUCUACUUCUGUGUGCCCCUGGCCUGCACGGCUAUUUUCUACACACUCAUGACCUGUGAAAUGCUGCAUCACAGAGAUGGAAGCCUUCGCAUCGCCCUCAGUGAACACCUUAAGCAGCGGCGUGAAGUGGCUAAAGCCGUCUUCUGUUUAGUGCUGAUCUUUGCUCUCUGCUGGUUCCCUCUGCAUCUCAGCAGACUGCUUAAGAAAAUGGUUUAUGUUCCAAACGAUGAAAGACGUUGUGACCUGCUCAACUUCCUGUUGAUCAUGGAUUAUUUUGGUAUCAACUUGGCGACUGUGAACUCUUGCAUCAACCCCAUCAUUCUCUACUUUGUCAGCAAGAAGUUCAAGAAUUGCUUUAAGUCCUGCUUGUGCUGCUGGUGUUACUCUAACAACCAGGUGUCCAGUUCAGGUCCAGUGAACGGCACUAGCAUUCAGUGCAAAAACCAUGAGCCCGGCAACCUCUACACCGACAGAGUCCGGAAAUACAGCGACUGAGAAGAACGUUCUAAAAAAAUAUGCCUUACAAAACAUUUAUACAAACAUUUAUAUAAGACUAAAAGGCCUUGUGCUUGGCGCAUCAAGCUGUUUUAAUAUAUAUAUAGCUUCAGACCAGACAAUGGACCUGAUAUAUUUAAAGUCUCCCACAACAGCUGUUUCUCAGACUUCGGGAGUGUUGUUUUGCUGUGUGAGAAGUGGUGGGAGUGAAGACCAACAGCAACAGGAUGCAGCUGAACCUAACAGCUACAAAUGAACCCUGAUCAAGGGCUCCACAUGCUUUCCUUGGGUAAAUACUGCACGACCAACACGGUCAGGAUCGUCACUGUCCGAUGAGAAAGGAAGUCAAAAAAAGGAAGAGUGAAGUUUUUUUUUGGUUCCCUCCUGUGAACUUUGCCAAAGAAACUCCCAGCGUUCUGCUGAGGAGGCAGCCAAUCCUUCAUAUUCAGCAUCCGGUUGUUAUUGUUAGCAUAUUCAAAAAUGCAGUUUUUUUUUUUUUUGUUUUUUUUUUUAAACAGGAACCUUUAGGUCACCUCCUGCCUAUAUCUUUGUUUAGUUCUUAAGUGAAUUGUAUUGUGCGCUGGACGUCACCUCUCUUUAGGAAGAAAAUGAAGAUUUGUGUUUGAGUGCUAAAUGAGUUUUUAUGUGUGUGCGUGUGUGUGUGUGUGCAUGUGUGUGUGUGUGUGUGUGUGUGUGUGUGUGUGUGUGUGUGUGUGCGUGUGUAUGAAUAUGUACAAAAUCAAGCAUAAACACAAGACAGCAAAUGUGAAGGGUAGCAGAUGGAUUCUGUUCCAGCAUUAAGGAUUCAAGUGAAACUUUGACCUUGGUGGGACUUAAGAGUAAUUUCUAGGAAUGCAUCCAACUGCAACAAAUGCUGGGUUAUAGUAAAAGAAAAGAAAUAAAGAAAAAAAAAGAGAGCAUAAGGGCACGGGAAAAGGCUUUCUGUAAUCCAAAAAAGUGAUUCAAACAUUGCUUUAUUUUUACACUGUGAAUUUUCUGUGAACAGGACCCAUACAUGCUAUUUACCUUAUACACUUUAAUAUUAUUGAUAUUUAAUGGCCUCAGUAUUUGUAUAUCAUCUGUAUUUUAAGUUGAUUUAUUUUUCUGUAUAUUGUGGUAGAAAAAAUGUAUCUUCGUUCAAAAGCUCAAGGUUAGUGUGUGUUUUUUUUAUUUAUUUAAGUGUUCAGCAGUGACGCAUGAAAGUAAUCAGAAGUUACCCAACAUACAUUUAAAAUGUUAAACUAUG